AUGCAAGUAACUAAAAGAUCAAUAGAACUUUAAAUCUAUGCUAAUCUCUUAGAUUUUACUAUUGAAUAAUAGAAAGUUGUCUAAAAUACAUAAUCAAAAUGUUUAAAUGGAUUUAUAUUGAAAAAUUAUAUAUCAAUGAUAAAUAAUAGCAAAGUUAAUAGUUUAGUAUUCAUAAAGCAAAGAAAGCCUCAAUGUUCUUCUCUCAAAAAGCGUUAUAAAGAGAGAGAAAGAGCUUGGAAUGAUAGGAUAAUUAUAUCUGAAUAAAUCUUGCAUCUUAGGACAAAAGAGAGUUUCAAUAGGAAGAGACUGCCAAAAUUAUAAAAUACCACAGCAUCAAUAGUAGAAAAAUAUAUCAACAUUCAUAAACAUCAGCAAGAGUACGUUGAACUUGUUGAGUGCGAACAAAGAAUAUUUGAAACCAAAUUAGAAUAGUUAAAACAACUUUAUAAAGUGUAUUGUAUACCUCAAGUCCAUUAAAAUCUAUUCAAUGCAUUAUUAGAAGCAUCCUCGAAUAAAAGAGCUGUUGUAGAAGAGGAGCUAAAUCUAAUGAAUCAGAAAUUAGCCCCAAUACAGCAUUGUAUGUUUGUGAUUGCAGCCAGAGAGAACUGUUUUAAAUAAGUCUUAACUUUGGUAAAACAGAAUUAAAAUCAAAUUGACUAAAUAUCAGAAAAAUUAAAAGACCUUAGGAUGCUUAAUAUAACUACUUUAGAAAGCAUUGUUAAAUGGCAAUAAUAUUUCCAAAAUAAAAAUUUAAGGUAAGUAUUCCAAUUAGAUGAAAAUCCUCCUUAUCAUGAGAGAUUUUAGAAUGAUUAUUUAGAAUUGAAACCUUAACUUACCAAUUUGUUCAAAGUUUCAGAUCAGGCAGAUCCUUUCUUUGUUUAAUUGUUAGGCAAAGGAUAGUAAAGAUUGUAUAUCAGAAUAAGAAGAGCAGAAGCUGAAUUAAUGAAUUUGAAUUAUAAUAAUAUUUAUAUUAAAUGA